AAUGGCCGAGAAUUCACGUAAUUCAAAACUAUCAUCGAAAGACGAUGAAUGCACAUUUUCGUGGAAACUUUUUACUGGUUGGGAUUUUAUGAUUGGUCAUGCGGAAACUGCACAUAAUCGCAUUGCAUCUGUGGUAGUUGGUUUCAAGGAAGCUCUACUGGAGGAAGCUGAAAAGAAGAAGGAUACACGAAAUUGGCGUAUUAUAUUGCAACGAAUAGUUGUUAAUAUUUUGAUAAUUGCCCUGUUAGUCGCAUCCGGUGCUAUUGUUGUUUACUUAGUAAAUCGAUCAGAAGAUUUGGCGAAACGCGACGAUUGGUUAAGUAAAAAUGCUGUAAAUGUUACCAUGAAUUUACUUUCAUUUAUAUUGCCAAUGAUAUUUGAGGCGUUGGGGCUAUUCGAAAAUUGGCAUCCUCGUCAACAACUCCGCUUACAAUUGGCCAGAAUUAUGAUUUUGAAUUUACUCACCCUGUAUUCGUUGAUGUUUUCGUUCAUCUAUAAAAUCGACAAAAAAGAAGGGCCACUUGUCGAAAUGAAACUGCUAAAUGAUACUGCAACAGCUCAAUUGGAGGAUUUAAAUCGCAGAUGGGAAAUCUAUAAAAAUAUGACAGCCAAUUUGAAUGGCACUACGGAGCUGGCCACGACAACAGAAACGGUAAUGCUGACAACGGCCAAAGUGGCAACAAAACUCGUCUGUCGUAAUGUUACAAAAUACUGCACCAAACAAUGCCAGGGGAUCCAGGGACUUCCAACAACGGCAACAGCAGGAACAAUGGCCGCAGUGGCCACCACAACUUUGUUGCUCUUAAAUCUCACCACAACCACCAUGAUACCACCAACAGCAACGACAACAGCUUUGGUAACAAAUGCUACAAGUCCCAUUAUGACGACCACAACGGAGAUGAGUACCGAAGCAGAAACGACAUGGGCGAUAACAACUACCACCGAAGCCAGCACCACCGUAACACCAUCGGACACGACAUAUUCCAGCACAUUGGACAUCACGACUACAACACCACCUGCCAACAGUCCCUUAACAACUCAGGCUACAACUGAACCAACGACCGAAGAAACUACCAUCUCUACACCAGCAAUAACAUCAACGACAACAACCGAAUAUCCUGGAAAUGAUACACUCUUUGAAUAUUAUGAUUAUUUCGCGGGGAUGUCAUUGGAACACCAACUGGUCGAUGAUGAGCUGAACAAAGCCACUACAAGUGAAGAUAAAAAGAAAAGAGCGGCCAGAGCUCACAGGCGGAAAAAGAAAAAGAAGUCCCAUGCAACGACAGGAACAACUCCUUUGAAUGAAAUAUUCAAAACCACAGUGGAACCUUAUUCCAAUGUCAGUCCCGAACAAACACAGAGAAAAUCGAAAGGAAAAAAUAAAAUUUCUAGAAUCAAACGAGCCCAAAGUGAUCCGCCAUCCAGAUUAUUGCCUAGAUCAAAAUACAGUCGUAGGGAUUCCAGUGGUACGACAACAACAAUAAGCACAACUACACAAACCAAUGAAAUGACGACAUCAACCACAGAGGGCACAACAUUGGCCACAACAACCGAAGAUAAUACAACGCCAUAUCCCACAACACAGGACACCACAGCAGCGGACACCACAACAUCGACCGAUUUCAGUGCAUCAACGCCGCAAACCACUACUGCCAAGGAGAUACUUUGGGAAGAAAAUACGCUGCUCAAUGAAGUUUUAGAUUUCUUUACCACAAAUGCUACGACACCUAGACCCGGUGGAAAUACAAUUCGACCACAAGAAGAUCCAUUAAUCAAUGACUUGACGACCAAACCAUUCUUCGAAGAUGAUAGGACUGUUAUUUACAAUCUGGAAGAUAUGCCAAAUGGCACCAUGUAUGUUUGUUGGGACAUGGAGUGCACCCCAGAACUGGUGACAGAUGACGAUAAUCAAAACACUUCAUUGGACAUGAACAUUUCGCGACCCAUAACAAUGACAGAAGAGUUUGAGAAGAACUAUACGGAAAUUAUGAAAACUUUGAAAAGGGUCGAAUUAAGUUUGACCACAAUGUGUUGGGAAACAUCUUUGGGUCAGGAAUUGGCCAAAGUUGUGGUCCUUGAUGGGAUAACUGCUACAGUUUUGUCUCUGGUUAUGGAUUUUCUGCGAGCUCUAUUUGUCCGUUAUGUGAAUCGUAACUGGUGUUGGGACAUGGAAAAAACAUUUCCUCAGUAUGGUGAUUUUAAAAUAGCCGAAAAUAUUUUGGGUCUUAUAAAUAAUCAAGGUCAAGUGUGGAUGGGUAUAUUCUUUUCACCUGGUCUGGUGAUAAUAAAUCUUGUCAAAUUGGUGAUUAUGAUGUACUUUAGGUCAUGGAUUGUUCUAACCUGUAACGUGCCGCAUGAGGUUGUUUUUAAGGCAUCCAAAUCAAACAAUUUCUAUCUAUCUCUACUGCUAACAAUGUUAUUCCUUUGCGUACUGCCAGUGGCCUAUGCCAUUGUCUGGUUACGUCCAUCAUGGCAUUGUGGUCCCUAUUCAGCCUAUAAUACAACAUCGGAAUAUAUAACAACAAUAACAUUAAAUGCACUGCCAGAAGAUUUACACAAACCACUUCGUUAUAUGGCAUCGGCAAGUACUGUCAUCCCUUUGCUGCUGCUAUUGAUUUUGAUAAUUUAUUAUUUGGUCUCGCUGACGGGUGCCUUGCGUGAAGCCAAUCAAGAUUUGAAAACUCAAUUACAAAAGGAACGUGAAGAGGAACGUAAGAAAAUUUUCCAGGUACCGGAAAUUAAACCGGCUGAAAAUAGUACCACAACUAUGAGCAAUAGAUGGCGUAAAGUUUUGGAAGCCUCUUCACCGGUUUCACCCACGACACAGCCUGACUUUGAAAGUGAGGAAUAUAAGAAUCAGGCGAGAAAAGAAUUGAUUUCGCGCAUCAUGAAGAAAGCUUUACGCAAGGAUUCCGCCACUUCGGAUGAAGAAAUCUUUGCUAGGCAGCAUGGACGUGAUGAUGACACCGAUACUGAACACCACGACUCUUUGCCACACGAUGAAGAUGGCAACGAACGACGACCAGGGUUAUCAAAACUACAGGAAAUACGAAGAACCCGAAAACCUUCACUCGUGGAUAUUGUGCAAAUUGCAAAUAGCGAACGAGAACGUGUCAGAUCGCUAAGAAAGCAAGCAAUGGGUAAUGGUGGUAGGGGCAAAAGUAGAAACGAGAAAAACGAAAAGAAAUCCGAAGACAAUGAACAGGAUAAUAACAAUAAGGAGAAACAAGCAAUGGAUAAUGGGAACGAUCCGGAAAUUAAAACGAGAAUCAUAAAUGAGAGACGUCAAAGUUUAUUGCGUAAAAAGAAAGAAGAUGAGGCGAAUGGCCGGAAUAGAGAUAAACUUAAGGAACAUGGCGAAAAUCAUCAUCAAAAUGAAGAUGACCUAAAUGACAGCAAGGUGAAAGAGAAAAUUGGAGAUCAUGAAGAACAUAACGAAAAAGUCAGACGCAAGAGGAAAGAUGAGGACAAGAAUGGUAAAGAAUGUCACAAAAUUAAAGAAAAGACGAAUGGAGAUAACAAUAAAGACCAAAAGAAGCAUAAGAAGAAAGACGACACAAACAAUGUCAAAGAAAAGGACAGUGAUAGCAACAGCGAUGAAAAGAAACAUAAAAUACACGAAGACGAAUCAACAACUAAAGAAAACGUUAAUGAUAUGAACAAAGAAAAGAAAAGGAAAAAUGGUAAAGACAAAGAUUACCAGCAGCAAGAAGAAGAUAAAGAUAGACAAGAAUCACCAAAAGAAAACGGGAAAGGAAAACACAAGGGAAACGGCAAAGAAAAACAAAAAACCAAAGAGAAAGAUAAACGUUCCGAAAAUGAGAAAAACUUGGAUGAACAUGAAAUAGAAUAUCCAAAGGACAAAGGGAGUUCAACAGAUAAUACCAAAGACCUAGACAAAGGCGAGGAUACAACUGGCGAAAAAGAACACCUAAAAGUCAAUGCUCUUAUAAUCCCAGAAAAAGAGGCCGAGAAGGAAAAAGACAAAACUAAAGAAAUAAAACAACGGAUCUACGAAAGCUUUAGACGUAAGAAACGCGAAGGCAAAGAUAAAAAUGCCGCCUCUAAACAAAGUUCGCUUGAGAAAACCAGCGAGGAAGACAUCAAAGAGGAUGCGGAACCAACAAAAGACAAUAAAAAAAUAUUGCCACCCAAAAAAGAGAAAAAACUCAACUCACCACUCAACGAUGAGGAGCAAUUGUCGUACAAAAUCGUUGAUGAAAAAUCGCCCAAAUUGCACGAGGACAAGCAGUCAACGCCUCCAAUGUUGGAACAAUUACACAAUCUUGGCGGGAAGCUAAAAUUCAAACGUCACAAAGCAAAACCAUCCACCGAACCAGAAGUAUUUAAAUUUGACGCAGAAAAGCUGAGCAAAGAUGCAGAUAUUGCCACUACCCCAACGUGGCAACAUUUGGAGGCAGAAUUGCAAUCACCACGUCCGAUCGAAGAUGUCACCACCACCGGCAAUAAACAUCAUUUGGGAUCGGAAAAGUUUGCCAAUCUCUCAAGGCAAAGUCGUAAAAAAAUUGGAUCAUUUUUGACUCUAAUGAAAGAUGCAGUCAGCCGCCCAGACACUGAACAACAUUCCGAUACCGCCAUUGAGAUACCAUCGACACCACAACUUGAAGUUUCAUCGGCUAUUAAUCAGGCCAUCAUGCUUCCAGUAGCUAUGCACACUGCAGAACCCACAACGAAUAUUCCAGCUGUCAGCAGCUCUGAAUUAAGCACACCUAAAAAUCCCUCCACCGCCACCAUUGACAGUAUUCAACCCUAUAUAAUGCCUCGAGCACCCCUUGAAAUGCCCGAAGAUAUUGAUCCACCAAGCUAUAAUAAUCUAAUGAUGUCUGGCAGUGAAACGCACAUUAUCUCCGCUAGAGAUCCUGAAGAAUUAGAUAAACCUGGACCCAUAAUAUUCCAACAACGUGCCAUAUCUCAGCGUAGACAACCGAUACGGCAAGAUUCGCAGUCAUCUAAUUGGUCAGCCGAAAAUAUUCCAAUAAUUACCAUAAGUACUACACCGGAGAUUGAAGAACAACCUAAAACGCCAGAAGUGCCUACGACACCACGUGCCGAACCUAAAGUUAAUGUCAUUAAAAUCAAUAUCGAACAUGAUAUUUAA